CGUAUCUGGUGUACUAGUGCAAGAGAACAUCGAUGUUAAGCCUUACAGGGUUGAUCAUGAAUCGUAUCUCGCUCAUUAUCCAAGUGAUCAUUACAAACAACGCUAUUAUGAUGUUCCAUGUUAUUCGCAUCCACAACCGCUGCAGAUACCCUAUGUUAAGAACAAAUUCGCCGGGAAAGCUGUGCCAAAAGUUCACUUUAAAUACGUCGAUCCUGUCCCCAUCGAAGACAGAAAAUAUCCAGUACUUGUCGAUGAAAAUAAUUUUUAUAUUUUAUUCAUUCUGUCAUUGUGCUGCCCAUGACGUUCAUUAGCGCAUGUUUCGAGCAGUAGUGACUUCUUUUUGGAGUUACCAAAAUUUAUUAUGGGAUGAUAUAAUACUGAUCAAUUAAAUAGAAGUUGAUAGAACGUAUUCAAACAGAUAAAUAAAACUCACGCACUUGAUUGCGUGUGUUGCGAAUGUGGAAACAACCAAGUGAUGGAUUCUUUGGCCUCGUCCACUGUGGAUAUCGUUCCUGAAACUUGUACAUGUAAUGUGUGUAAAUAUGAAGUUGAUUUGAGAAAACCGAGCACAUUUCAGUCGGACGUAACUAUAUUUCCGAGACCGUCUUGUUCAUGCCAUCACGAUGAUUGCGCAUGUUGUUAUUGCCUACCAUGCAAAGGCAAAAACAAAGAUCUGCCAAUGUCCGAGCGUGAUGAACAUCCGAUUACCUGCAACUGUUGUAAAUGUGGCGCUCAAGAAGUGGAAUAUGCUUCAUCAUCAAUUUCAACUAAAUCAAAUGAGCUGCAUGACUAUCCGGAUGGGAUUGACCAAUUGCAAAAGAUUGCCUUGAUCUUAGAGCGAGUUGACAGCGAAAUGCAAGAGUAUAUACUCAGGUGGAUCAACAUAAGCGAAGAUACUCUUAAUUCAGACCUAGCGGCAUUAGAUGUUAAGAGGGGCGAGAUACAUGAAGAAGAAGCAUCGGUAUGUGGUCCUCAAAGUCUGGUAUCAAAAUCAAUGCGAACAUCAACCUUUGAAACAAUGUGUUCUGGAAACUAUGAAGAUUCGUGUUGCAAUGACCGGAAAUUGUGCGAUGACUAAAUACUCGGGACUACUCGGAUUGACAUUCGACGAAUGAACCUGCUGGGACUAGCAGAUCCAGUACUUUGUGCUUCCGCACAUGUUGUUCUAUCUGGUAUCGAAGUGCAAUC